GGACUUCGUGUUGGAGUACAGGGGUAAACUCCUCACACAGGAGGAAUGCAAGUCAAGAAAAUACUCAGAGAUUGAAAGCACAUUUCUCUUUGACUUUCAGUGGCAGAAUCAUCACUUAUGCCUGGAUGCAUCUGAAGAAGAUUUAUCUCUCGGAAGAUUGGUCAAUGACAACCACCAAAAUCCAAAUUGCGUUAUGAAAAAAAUCAUAGUUGACAACAAACCACAUUUGUGCCUUUUUUCUCUGAAGAAAAUAGAAAUAGGAGAUGAAAUUGAUUACAACUAUGGUGAUUCAAAAUGGCCUUGGCGCUGUAAGGUGAGUUGGUUAGAUUAAGUAUAGAGAUUUCUUUUUUUAAAUUUUUUUGUUGCAAAAGAAAAUUUUGUAUUUCUCCAAAAUUAACCAUGUUUCCAAUAUUACUCUUGACUGUCUAUGGAAAUGCAUUUAAUCUUUGAUCUGUGAUGUGUGUUAAAAUGAGUUCUUCUUUAUCUGCAAUCCAGUUGAAAAAAAACCAAGCUCCAGCCGCAGCAGAAGAGAAUGAGACCAGCCCUGUUCCUCAGAUGCUGAAUGAUAGACCUAACCCAGAUCAGACCUGCACACAGGUGAAAGGCCUUCAGACUCCUGCUGCAGCAGAAGAGAAUGAGACCAGCCCUGUUCCUCAGAUGCUUAAUGAUAGACCUAACCCAGAUCAGACCUGCACACAGGUGAAAGGCCUUCAGACUCCUGCUGCAGCAGAAGAGAAUGAGACCAGCCCUGUUCCUCAGAUGCUUAAUGAUAGACCUAACCCAGAUCAGACCUGCACACAGGUAAAAUCUGACCCAUGUGGGGCCCUUCCGUCCAGUUCUUACGGUGAAAGGCCUUCAGACUCCUGCUGCAGCAGAGAGAAUGAGACCAGCCCUGUUCCUCAGAUGCUUAAUGAUAGACCUAACCCAGAUCAGACCUGCACACAGGUGAAAGGCCUUCAGACUCCUGCUGCAGCAGAAGAGAAUGAGACCAGCCCUGUUCCUCAGAUGCUUAAUGAUAGACCUAACCCAGAUCAGACCUGCACACAGGUGAAAGGCCUUCAGACUCCUGCUGCAGCAGAAGAGAAUGAGACCAGCCCUGUUCCUCAGAUGCUUAAUGAUAGACCUAACCCAGAUCAGACCUGCACACAGGUAUUUACUGUCCAAGGAUUUUCACUGGUUGAUUAUCCAGAUAGUGAUGAAACUGAUGAGGAUGGUAUGGAAAACGAACCUCACCCCACACCUGGAUGUUAUUAUAGGGCAGAAUGA